CGACGUCUCCCGUUGCCAUGCCAACGCGGUUAGCAACACAAACUGAACCGUUGGGGAUUAUUUAUUUAAUACCGGACACGGGGAAAGAAAGAUGUCCGGGUCCGAGGGGCAGCGGGUUCUGCUGGAGCCCAACAUGCGGGCGGAGACCUGGUGUCGGGUGGAAUCAGACCCCCGGGAGUCCUGGGAGCGGGCCGAGCGGAGGCACUACCGGAACCACCUGAGGACCAGCGCGGUGCUGCUGAACGCGCUGACCGGCGGGCAGCAGCGCAGGGCGGCCUGCAUCGAAUGGCGGUUCCCGGUGAAACUACCGGAGCGGAAGCACUUCGACCAGAGCUAUAAAUGCCACUUGGUGCAAACAAAACGACCAGAACCAGAACCCAGGAUCUCCUGUAGCAGUCAGUCGCGUAAGCAAUCCAAAGAGGCCUCUGACUGAAGACCGGUUCUGUAAAGUCACCUAGAUGUUUCUACAUGUAUUAAAACUGAAAUGAAACCCGCGCUGAGCAGCAUGGUGUUCCUGGUGUUCCUCAGGGUUUGCUGGAAAUGAAAGAAAAUUAAAAAAUAAAACAGAUGGAAACUGAA